CGCCCGCCGCGCGGGAGAUUUGAACGGCGCGUCCGGCGGGGCAGGGGCGCAGUGCGGCUGCCGCCGCCAUGGGGGUCUCYGGCAGCGCCCCCGCCACCCCGGCCGCGCCCCGCAACAAGCACCUGGCACACGUUAGCGACCCCCGCUCCCCUACCGCCGGCAUCCUGCGUACCCCCAUCGAGGUGGUGAGCUCCCCGGCGGGCAGCCUGCAGCCCAGUCCCGCUGAGCCGCAGGCGGGCACUGGCCAGGAGCGGGACCCACGGUCACCCACGCCCGGCAUCUCCCGCACUCCCAUGAGAGCCSUAUCGAGUGACAGCGUCGACCGCCUGGUGAAGCAACUGAGCGAGGCCUUCGGAGCCGAGCCCGAGACCCAGGAGCCGGCGCCUCCGGGAGCGGCCGGCCCCGCCGAGGAGCCGGUGCGGCGGAACUCCACGGCCGGAGAGGAGAGGCCUUCUCCCAGCACGGCCCCGGCCCGGCCUGCCCGCCCUGCUGGGCACAGCUUCUCUUCGGUGAGCAARCCUGUAAAACACAAGCCUAACAACAAAUUCAUGGUGACGUCUGGAGGAACCGGCCGCUCUCCCCUCAGCAUUUUACGAGAUGAUAAUUCUCCCAGUGCUGCUCCUCGCCAGGGCAAGCGGCAUGUGUUGGGAGAGARCCUUGGGGAGAAGAAGGAAGUGACAGUGGAUCUGAGCAGGAGUCUUAAAUCUGGGAACUGUGCUUGGAAUGACUUGAACAAAGAGAACCARCAGUGUCCUUUUGUGGAGAAUUAG